ACUUUAUUUAUGUAUUUAUUUUUUAAUUCAAUGGUUUUCAUCCUUUUCAAGUUCGCAGUAAAGUGACGACAUCGCUGACGUUUACCAGACAAACCGUCAACGUUCUGUCCCAAUAUGGCCGCCCGGCGACGCCGUCACUCCGAAAUCGGAUGGUUGGCUGGACUUUUUUUUUUCUUUUUCUUUUUCUGACGUCCGUCCGGUUUUACGUAGUUGGCUCAAAUCAAUGUUUAUUCCUUCCGCCUACGGCGUCAAUGUCAUUUGAUUUGAUCCGUUUUCCUCUUUGAAAACCAAAACAUAAACCAGAUCAUUCACAGCCAACAUCGCCACCUCGCGUUAGGAGAGCAAUAACAUUUUCUAAUCCGUCCGGCAGUUGCAGCCGGGAGGGAGUAAUCAAUCGAUCUCCCAAAACAGCGAGGGGAAAUGAAUCCGUGGUUCAAACCGUCGCUUCACAGGCAGAGACAUGAAUUUGUCGUUGACUUUGUCAGGAAGAAUAAGCCCCAAAAGGUGGUGGACUUGGGUUGCGCUGAGUGCAGCCUUCUUCAAAAGCUCCGCUUUCAUCGUCAUCUUGAAUUGUUGGUCGGAGUGGACCUCAAUGGGCACAAGCUGAGAAGAAAGAUGCAUGGACUGGCUCCUCUAGCAAGUGACUAUCUGCAGCCAACUUGGAAUCAACUGUGCGUGCAGCUGUACCAGGGCUGUGUCACACAAAAAGAUGCUCGCUUCAAAGGAUAUGAUUUAGCCACCGCCAUUGAGCUUAUUGAGCACCUCCCACUUGAUGAUUUGAAUCGUUUCUGUGAGGUGCUCUUUGGCUACAUGGCUCCGCAAACAGUGAUCAUCAGCACACCAAAUUUGGACUUCAACCAGCUUUUUCCUUUAACGUCACCUUUCAGGCACAGUGACCACAAGUUUGAGUGGAGCAGAGAGGAGUUCCAAUCCUGGUCCCAGAAUGUAUGCUCAAAGUUUGGCUACAAAGCCAAGUUCAGCGGUGUAGGACAAGCUCCCCCGGGCCAAGAGCAGACCAUUGGCUUCUGCACCCAGAUUGCUGUCUUUGACAGGCUCGCCGCCACGGCGGACGCGUUAAGUGACAGUGCAGAAGACGCAUUCCCGUAUUUGCAGGUUUACAAUGUAACUUAUCCCAGUCUGCGCGAUCACAACAUUCUGCGCAAGACCCUGGUUAGUGAAUUGCUGUACUGGGCGGAAAAGAUGAAAAAUGAAUGGCUGGAAAAGAUGACGACGGCCCAAGGGGAUCAGGAGGAGGCAAAUCCAGUGGAGGAGAAAGGGAAGCAAGAAGGAGGAGGAGGAGGAGGAGCCUUUGAAGAGAUCUUCUGGACAAAUGAUCAAGAACCGCAGUGUCUCACAUUACACAGGCACGUGGCUGUUCCCCUACUUUUACUGUGGAAUCGCUGCCCCAAAUUACGUGAAAUGAGUGCAAGUGUGGCAAAUCUCAGUCAACUGGUCACAGAUGAUCCCCAAAUCAAGAUGAAUGGCCUGCGCUCUGCCGUCAUUAUCUGCAGUCAGGAACGAGACCUCGGAGAUGAAGGCCCUAAUGACCUGCUCGACAGCGGCUAUGCAGAGAGCAGCUACGUGCGAGAGGAACACUGGGUGGUGGGUUAGGGUUAGUAGUUAGCGGCCACUCAGUUGGCGAGUGGGAUCAGCUACGCAUAUGGUUUCUGAUGAGAGGAUGCCAAGGACGUAAGAAGAAUAAAUAAAGCUGUACACCGCAAAGGGGUUUUUUUUUUUUUUUUUGGAGCUUUUAU